GCAAGAUGACGUCGCAAUGCGCUCCCGCCGUGAUGGUGGCGGAUCGUGCACGCGCUAAAUCGGCAAUGGCUGCCUUAGAUCGGCGGAUUUCCAUCCUAGACUUUGUAGGGCAAAGCUGGACCGCUUGGAUCGACAAAGCGAACGUAUCCACGUCGGAUGGGUCCUCUCUGGAAGAGUGCAGCAAAAAUGUGAAGAAACGGAUGGAAACCAUGACUUUUAAGAAAGGAGACAUGUCGAUAUAUGGCCACUGCCCAGCACAUGAUGACUUCUUCCUGGUGGUGUGCAGCCACUGUGGGCAGGUGGUGAAGCCACAGGCGUUUGAGAAGCAUUGUGAGCGUCGUCAUGGCCUCUUCAGCAAGCUUUAUGACAAGCCAUCCAACUGCUCUCCUGACCAACCCCAACAGGGGAGACCGCCUUCCCAACAUGGAAGCCUUUGUGAGGGUCAAGACAGCAGGCACCGGGGGGCUGGACCCCCACGAGUACCACCACCUCAUUCUCCCCACCAGGCAUAUUCCAAACCACAGCGUGAAGGACCCAGUCUUCAGCAGGUGGAUAAAGUUUCCCAUGAAACCCCUCCAACACCUCUACAUUUGCCCAUGCCACCAAAAAAAGCAGCCCCAUCUGCCGAGAAAACAAUUCAGAAGAGUUUGGACUCACACACUCACCCGCACGGACCAAGAACACACAGCAGAACCUACAAGAAAGUCCUUAAGAAAGAAUGUGACUUGGACAAGCACUGUGGGGUGAUGGAUCCUGAGAGAAAGAAACUGUGCACCAGACUGCUGACUUGUAAUAUUCAUUCCAUCCAUCAGCGCCGCCAGGUGGUAGGGAGGCGGAAACCUUUAGACCAGCUUGUAAUGGAGCUGAAGAUGAGCUCAAAGCCUCGAGAGCGCCCCCCUUUGCCCAGAGAAGUUCCCGAUGGAGGCUCUGCCCACCAUGAGACCAAAUGCCAAAUAACUAACUCUUCUAUUCUCAGGUCCAUGAAUCCAUUAGAGGAGGUGGAGCCUCUCUCAGCCAGUCUCUCCAGUGAGGAGAGUGACGGGGAGAACAGUGAGGACUUUGCUCAUUUACCAGCAAGCACCUUGCACCCUAAACCCCUGGGUCUUUGCACCUUCGGGGCACGUGUACUUGGCCGUAGUGUGUUAGCGUUUGACCGAAGGUUGCUUCACCUGCGGUCAGCUUUCAGUGUCAUGAUGGAGCAGCACCUCAGCACUUAUCUAUGGAAGAAAAUCCCUCAGGUGUCAGAACUAUGCUCUCAUCAACCCCUAGUCACCACAAACAACUACAAUUCCCAUGAUGCCACGCGCAGCUCCGUACCCAUCCGCAGUGCCUCUACUCUCAGGACAAGCAUCUCAGGACAAUCAGAGCCCACUAACCUAACAGCCGCCUCAAAACUACCAACGAAAGCCCAGACGAACUCAGGCCCCACCCGGCCCCGUAACCCUGCAGGUCGGACCAGCAAACAGGCUUUGCAAGUGGGUUUCAGGGAGCUUCAGGAGAGUCCCACAGCCAGUAAGCAGCGGAAAUCUCCCAAAAAGGACAAGGACUCACCUGAACAGUCCAAAAUCGUAUUUCUCCCCCAGUCCUCCUUGAACAGAACUAUGAUUUCUUCACCACAUGGCCCGUUUAAUGGCGCACACUCAGCUGGCAGGAGAACACACCAACCUGAAAUGAAGGCGCUGAUUAAGCAAAGCCCUGCCCACAUCUCCCCCUCUCCCUCCCCAGAGUCAGAUAAGGGAGGGGCCUCAGGGCUCAAUCAAAGGGCUGUUGGGUACGAACAUAAAGGGCCUGGCAGGAAACGUAAGACCAGCAAUCCCUCUCCCCUCAAAAACACUUCAUGUGCCCCUAAAUCCAAUAUCCUCUCCUCUUUCUCCCAAACUCACUCCAGCCUGGUGUCAUGGGGUGGGGAUGGCAGACCAGCACCAACCUCCCAUAAUCUGCCAAAGAAACUAGGUGCACAGAAGCCAAAUCUUCUUCACUGAGGGAGUCUGCCUUAAACUCCUCCAGAAGCACAGGAUUCCUGCCAUGUAUUUGCUACAGUCUUUAUGCACAGGAUGGUGAAAGUGUUUGAAGUUCACUGUAGGAGUACGUAUCAGUAUAUAUGUAUGUGUGUGUCUGUGUUUUGUAUACUGGAUUUCUAUGUGAAUGAAUGUAUUUGUGAAUGACCUGCAAAUGAACAUAGAAAUACCUCAAGACCUUCCAUAUGCUGCUAAACGGACUGUCAUAUAAUGGACUCUGAAAUAAAUAUGCCAACACGUU